AGGUGUCCCCAGGUCUUAGCCAAGGACCAAACGCAGAACCAGUGUCUGAGUUUCCAUCCGUCUCCAACUCUGUGCUCGAUGCUCCAGAGUUCCCAGACUUUGAGAAUUCAGAGAUGGAAACAUCAGAGGGUGAAGCUGUUGUUGACAUUGGUGCACUAGAACUGGAGGCCUUAGACCUAGUCAGCACUGACCCGCCUGUGCCAGAAGACUGCAGCGUCAGCGAUUUCGAGGAUCCACAACCAGACUUUUCAGAGUGUGAUCCCAUAGAGCCUCUUAUGAGCACCUGCGGCGUCCAAGACCUGAACCUUGGCAGCCAAAACAUAAUACCCCUCGACCCAGACAGCUUCCCAGAACCAAUAAACCUUUCAGAGUUCCCAGAGCCUGCUGUGUCGGAGCAGUGGUCUCAGAGUGAGGAGGCCAUCAUGGAUCCCCUCUCUAGCACUCAGGCUGAUGAGACUGAUCUGGGAGCUGCUGAGUCUCACUCUGCUGCAUGGGAAACAGACAACCACUCGGCAUUAUAUGAUGAGCUUCAACAACAUUGCAAUGUAUCUCAACAGGACAGUUACCAUGAAGCAUACAAUAAUGUGUAUGAGGAUGUUGAGAAAGUCAACAAGCUUAUCUUGGGCCAGAACUCACGUAAAAGAAAAUGUGGUCUGAAAA